AUCAUCAACGAGAACGGAACACGUGCGCUCCCGAAACUUCGUCAGAGCCAAGAGAAGAUCCUUACCUGACGAGUCAAUCCCGAAGAUGACAUCGAAAAAACUGUCGCUUUUUGUUGUUCUCGUGCCGCUUACUAUGUGCAAGUAUCGUUAUCACGCGUUUGAGAUCAAAGCGGCGUCGGGUUUCACAUCGCCCAAAUCUGAAUCGACGCUAACGAUAGACCGGAUGCGCAGAGCUGCCUUGAACGAUGUCGUCUCGAAGAACAUCACUAUGGUUCUCGAGAACCUGCUGAUGAACUACGAAAACAGUCAGUUGCCCACGCACGGUAAAGGCGUGCCCACAGUGGUGAAGACCAAUAUUUUAAUUAGAAGUAUGGGUCCGGUGUCCGAGCUUGACAUGGAUUACUCCAUGGAUUGCUACUUCCGGCAGUCGUGGCGCGACUCGCGACUGAGUUUUCUGGAUCCGAGUCCCGGAAUCAAGUCCCUCAGCCUCAGCAUCAAAAUGCUCGAGAGAAUUUGGCGUCCCGAUACGUAUUUCUACAACGGCAAGCACAGUUACGUGCAUACGAUCACCGUGCCGAACAAAUUGCUAAGGAUCUCCCAGCACGGCGACAUAUUGUACUCCAUGAGGCUCACUAUCAAAGCUAAGUGUCCUAUGGAACUGAGGAACUUCCCCAUGGAUCGUCAAUUCUGUCCGUUGAUAAUCGGAAGCUAUGCGUACACGUCGGGACAAUUGAUUUACGAGUGGCAGGAAGGCUUAUCGGUGAACUUCGUGCCUGGAAUGGCACUUUCGCAAUUCGACUUAAUGGGCUCGCCGUAUAGAAAUCUCACGUAUGUUCGUCGCGAGGGCGAAUUCUCCGUGCUGCAGGUGUCUUUCAAUCUUCAACGGCAUACCGGCUACUUUCUAAUACAAGUUUACGUACCCUGCGUUUUAAUAGUCGUGCUGAGUUGGGUGUCUUUUUGGAUUCAUCGCGAGGCGACGAGCGAUCGAGUGGGUUUAGGUAUCACCACCGUCUUGACGCUAUCAACGAUAAGCCUCGAUUCCAGAACGGAUCUGCCAAAAGUUAGAUACGCCACCGCUCUGGAUUGGUUUCUCCUGAUGAGUUUCGGUUACUGCAUCGCCACCCUCUUGGAGUUCGCUGGUGUUCAUUACUUUACGAAGGUGACAACUGUGAUUCUGCGUAUCUCGCAAUGUUUCAUCUCUGUUCAACAGUUUCCUCGCUUUGCAGCGGAAAUCUUACAUCUCGAGAAGUUACGGGAUAUCUGAGAGGGGAGAGGGGAAACAGGGGAAAGAAAGAUGGAUUAGAAUUUAAUUAAUAGAUUGGAUGUCGA